AUGUCCACUGCUGCCUGGGUUCUGACUGGCCAGAAUGGGAUCGACAGUCUGGAAUUUGUCGCCGACUUCCCUAUCCCGGCCGUCAAGGAGGAUGAGGUGCUGGUCAAGAUCUGUGCGGCGUCUCUGAAUUACCGGGAGCUCUUGGUUUCCAAGGGCGGCCCCGGAUUGGCCCUGGGCAAAGACCGGAUCGUGCCUGGAUCGGACGGGGCCGGAAUCGUCCAAGCCGUGGGAUCGAAAGUGACGGGCUUCAGCGUGGGCGACCGGGUGUGCACGCAUCUGACCUACAAACUGCCCGCCGAGCAACAGCCGCGCUUCCUGGACAUCAGCGCCGGCAUCGGCAACGGCCAGGACGGCACCCUGCGCGAGUCCGGCGUCUUCCACCAGUCGUCGCUGGUCCAGAUGCCCGCCAACCUGACCUUCCUGGAGGCCGCGACGCUGUCGUGCUCCGGGCUGACCGCCUGGAACGCCCUGUUCGGCCUGCCCGGGCGGGGGGCCGCCCCGGGGACGACGGUGCUGGUCCAGGGCACCGGCGGCGUGUCCAUUGCGGCCCUGCAGCUGGCGGCCGCCGCGGGCGCGACCGUCAUCGCCACGACGAGCACCGCGGCCAAGGCGGCACGCCUGCAGGCCCUCGGGGCGGCGCAUGUGCUAAACUACCGCGAGACGGCCGACUGGGGGGCCCAGGCCAAGGCCCUGACGCCCGGGGCCCGCGGCGUGGACAUCGUCGUCGACAUGGGCGGCAUGUCGACCCUGGGGCAGUCCAUCAAGGCCGUCUGCACCGACGGCCUCAUCGUCACCACGGGCAUCCUGGGCCCUGUCCCCGAGGGCGAGGCCCCGCCCUCCCUGCUCGACCCCCUGUUCAACUCCUUCAUUGCCCGCGGCUUCUUCCUCGGCUCGCGGGCGCAGUUUGACGAGAUGAACCGCUUCAUCGAGCAGCACGACAUCAAGCCUAUUCUGGAUGAGAAGAUCUUUGAUAUCGCCUCCGUCAAGGACGCCUAUCUCUACCUAAAGGACUGGAAGCAUUUCUCCAAGAUUGGCAUUAAAUUUAGCGAUUAG